GACAUCUACAGCUUUACUUCUAUGAUACAGAAGAUGAGGCCUUGUCACAUAGAGCCAAGAGGUCUCCUGAUCUUGAUAUUAAUCUCAUCCGGAAUAUCCUUGCAAUUCUUCAUGAUAACCCAUAUGUUCAUACUUUCAAGAGAAAUGGUGCUUUUCCAAACUUGGAUGAUUACCGGAUUGAACUCAAUACAAACGUCACGCCUGAUCAGAGAAGGUACAAUGCCCCAACAACAUCCCAAGUUGCUGCUAUCUCUGGAUGGAAGGGAACGAUCCACAAAGGUGUUUUGAUAGGAGCGUGGUUGUAUAUGGCAAGACUGAUCAUCGUCCGCAGUAUAUCCGAGCAUACCAUGGUUGUUAUGACCCAUUAGCUUAUCCUAUAUAUAACCCACGAGGUGAAACAGGAUAGAACAAGUUCAUGCCGUACAGUGGGGUUCCACUAGUUCCAUCAUCCGCAACUCCGGCUUCUACUAAUAAUGUUAAUAACAGGGUUGAUGGGACUACUGGUGGUUAUCAAGCUGAUAAUAAUAAUGAAAAUCAAGUGGAAGAAGGUGACAAUGACAUUCAAGAAGGUGACAUGCUAAGUGGAGUUGCAGAUGUAGCACAGUCCACAAGAUAUGUAACUGCACGUGAAUACUACUGCUUCAAGUUGCAAGUUAGACGAGGCAUUUUUAACAUUAUAUUAUUUGGAGGACGUCUUUUCAAGCAAUGGGCUGUAGAUAUGUAUAUAAAGAUUGAGUCUAUGAGGCUAGAUUGGUACUCUAAUCCUGAUAACCAAAAGCUAAUACGGGCAGAGCUAUACCAGGGACUGGUUGAUGUUAUCUCUGCUGGAGAGACACAGGGUUCUAAAGUUGGCAAGAGAAUUGUGUUGCCAAGAUCAUUCCCAGGAUGUGAUCGAGACAUGCAACAAAGAUUCCUUAAUGCUAUGGCUAUUGUGCAGCGUUUUGGAAAGCCAGAUUACUUCAUCACCAUGACAUGCAAUCCAUACUGGGAAGAGAUAACAAGCAAUCUCGAACCGGGACAGGAACCACAAGAUAGGCCAGAACUUGUUGCAAGAGUGUAUAGGGCAAAGUUGCGAGAUCUAAAAGAUCUUCUGAUCAAGAAGAAGUAUUUUGGUGAUGUUGCUGCAUACGUCCAUGUUACAGAGUUCCAAAAGAGGGGGCUGCCACAUGAGCAUUUCUUGUUAAUCAUGAAGUCAGGGAGUAAGUUGACAACCCCAGAUGCAUAUGACCGUGUUAUUUCAGCAGAGAUACCAGACAAGGACAAAUAUCCAGAGUUGCAUGAUCUGGUAAUCAGUCAUAUGCUCCAUGGACCAUAUGGCGUGCUAAACAAAAAUUGUGCAUGCAUGGUGUAACAGAACCGACCAAAUUAUAAGAGA